UUUCGGACUUCGCGAUUUUCGAUUGACGGCAAGUCACCAAACGACCGGGCAAGGAAAUACCGGAUACCGGAUCCGAACAUUGCGGAUCGAUAUCCUUCAAAAAUGUCGGCGUCACAGAAACCAAUCCGUCUCCCUCCGUUGAAAACUCUCCGAGUUCGCAACCCGAACGGUCAGAGGGAACGUCCAUGCAUGAGUAUCAUGUCAUCCGUUCUAGCAUGCUGGGCCUCCGCGGGAUAUAGCACCGUCGGAUGUGCGCAGGUCGAGCAGGCCUUACGGAAUUGCAUGGAUGGUCCACAACCGUCGAAGCCCAAGAGCAGCGAGGUCAACUACCACCUUGCGCGAUUCAAGGACAGACUUACGUAUCCGCAGAAGAAGAAGAGGUGAUCGCUCUAUAGCGGGGAGAAAGUGACGACUGCUAGCCGUGGUCAAAAAAGCGGCUAUGUCUUCUUGGACCCUGGCACACAGUUCAAACAAAGAUACGAUAGAAAAAACCUUCUUCGCUCUUCUAUACGAUAUCGUGGAAAAUACAGAAUAUUAAACAACUCUCAGUGUUUAAUCAUAAGCCGGCGUUCCAGGUUGAUUUGGAAAGGAAGGGAGAGGGGGCGCACCGAGCACGAUGAUUAUUACCUACCUAGGUAGUUGAUACUAGCAACUCACAAUUAGGUUAGAGAGGCCACU